AAUGUUUAAGGAUAAAGAAAAACCAGGUGAAAGAAUCAGGCACUAUUCCACUCAUGCGAUCGUUCAAGAAGGAGAAGAAAGUGUUACUAUAAGGCGUCCACUGGACUAUAGAAGUGUUGCGGAACAGAGUUCUAGUACAAAGGCUAGCUUGUCUCGUUACAAAUAUUACAGUAAAUUGCAAAGUCAUAGUGCUGCUCUAUUAAACUUGCUGAUGCCCACUCAUGUUGUUCCUCCUGAAUUUUACUUAGUUAUUCCAUUCAAGCCAGAGGGUGGGAAACAAAACAGUAUUGUAACUAUUUUUUCAAUUUGGAAUACUAUGGUAGGUACUUCGUUAUUAAGUAUCCCUUGGGCUAUGCAGCAAGCUGGUUUUGGAUUAAGUUUAGGCUUAAUAUUUUUGAUGGUUUGUCUUUGUUUGUACACGUCAUAUAGAGUUGUUAAGUCUGUUUAUUACAUCGACCCCACAGGUGAUGUGUCUGACUUUUCUGAGGCAGCAAACUGGGGCAUUCAUGUGGAUUUUAACAAUCCAAAGAACAAAUCCUACGUUGCAGAAUUUCACUCAUCAUUUCCUGCGUUAACUGGAAUACUUGCUCUGGCAUUAUUCAUUCAUAAUUGCUUAAUAUCUAUUGUUCGAACACAAAAAAAUCCGGAAAACAAUGUAAGAGACAUUUCCAUAGCUUAUAUCUGCGUUGCCUUGACCUAUGUUAUUAUUGGAGCAGUUUUUUAUUUGAGUUUUCCAUUACCAAAGUUUUGCAUUGAGGAUGUUCGUGUAAAUUUACAAUAUAGACUUCUUCCAAUCCUGUCUUAA